GAGUAUGACUUCUUCCAAAAUCUCGAAAUGCAUGUUCGUGCCAACUUCCCACCUUUGUGCGGACGAGACCAUUUAGCAUUUAGAUCGUACUACCAUCCUUGCAAGAACGUUAUUGACGGUGAUCUUUGUGAGCAAUUUGGAUUAAUGGAUGCACCUGCACAGCGAGAAGUAAUUGAAGGAUUGGAUAGGACGACAAGCGAGCAACAUGUAUGA